CUUCUGUGUUGAACGAAAAGGGUAAAUUCAUCGUCGGUACCAAUUUGACGAAGGGCCAAAAUUGUUUCCCGAUCAAUCGUCGAAAAAAUACGGAGGAGGAGGUUACACAAAGCGAUUUGAUUCGAUCUCUAUAAUACAAGAUGUCGUCUCUUGCAGCUGCCCGGGCAGAUAACUUUUACUAUCCACCAGAAUGGACUCCCGAUCAAGGUUCCUUGAACAAGUUCCAAGGCCAGCAUCCUUUAAGAGAGAGGGCAAGGAAAUUAGACAAGGGCAUUUUGAUCAUAAGGUUCGAAAUGCCCUUUAAUAUAUGGUGUGGAGGCUGCAAUUCUAUGAUUGCCAAGGGUGUUCGGUUCAAUGCAGAGAAGAAGCAAGUGGGGAACUAUUAUUCUACAAAGAUAUGGAACUUCACAAUGAAAGCUGCAUGCUGCAAACAAGAGAUUGUUAUUCAGACAGACCCAAAGAACUGUGAAUAUGUUAUUAUAAGCGGCGCCCAGAAGAAGACAGAGGAAUUUGAUGUCGAAGAUGCAGAAACCUUGGAACUCCCUGCCGAGGAAGAGAAGGGUAAGCUUGCAGACCCGUUCUAUCGAUUGGAGCACCAGGAAGUGGAUUUGCAGAAGAAGAAAGAAGCAGAGCCGGUUCUGGUUCGUCUCCAGAGAAUAUCCGAUGCAAGACAUGCGGAUGAUUACUCGCGUAACAGAGCCUUACGCUCACAACUUAGAAGCCAAAGAAAGCGAAUAGCGGAAGAAGAAGCUGCAUCAAGGAAGAUGGGACUGGGGAUAAGGCUUCUUCCAAAGAGUGAAGAAGAUGCUGCUGCCGCAUCACGGGUGAAGUUUGCGACGAAAUUCGAUAAAAACCGGAAGGACAAAAGGGCGCUAAUACACGCUUCUUCCAUCUUCCCGGAGUCUGCAUACUCUUCCUCGUCAAGCAAGAGACGUCUGGAACUGGAAUCGAAGAGAAGGAAGAUAAGCGCAUCGGCAGCGUCUAACAUGUUGAAAGGAGUGUUCAAGCCUUCGUCAUGGUCGCAAAGCUCAUCCUCGUCGGGCAAGAAGCCCAAGGUCUCGUCCGUUGCUGCAAGGAAGAACUAACUAAGAUCUGUCUAUCCGCACGGCAUGAAAAAUAUGGAUAUGAACCUUGUUUUUGGAUUAUUUGAUUCCAAACCUCGUGUGCUUUUUUGGGUUUUGGGAUAUGAAAUCUGUCCAAGAAAGUUCAUUUGUAUGCCGAUGGAAUUCGAAGGGUGAAUUGCAACAUGUACGGAAGGACAAGAGUCCAUACCGAAUCCAAAAAAAAAAAAAAGAGGUUGUACGGUCUUCGGGCUUCGAUUAAAGUCAUAAAUUACGGAUCCAGGUCC